ACGCCGCAGACAGGGCAAAAGUUAACAAGCUCCGGGAUUAUCAUUAAAAUCAAUCCAAACAAUGGUAUUCUGUGAGAUUGAAUUUUGCAAUAACCCCCAGGGGGUUUUCUAUGCAGGCCAGCUGAUAUCAGGACAGGUGGUAAUCAAAACUGACAAGGCGAAACCAGUUAAAGCUGUGGUCCUCCAAAUCAAAGGAUACGCCGAAACCCAUUGGACUGAUACCGAACACGAUCCCGAGGAUCAGUCGAACGGUGAAUCAUUCAACGGACAUGUGGACUACCUAGCAACUAAGGCAUAUCUGCACGGGUCUAGUUCCAGCAUAGAGGUCGUUAUUGAGCCCGGCACCAGCAAGCACAGAUUCGCCUGCCAGUUGCCCAUCACAUGUCCAUCCUCGUUUGAGGGAACUCUUGGUCAAAUACGUUACCUGGUGAACGUGAGGUUCGUGCGACCGUGGAAAUUCGACCAGAACUUCAGCCGAUGUUUCACCGUACUCAAAGUGAUGGACCUAAACUCUCAAAGUCUGAUGUUGAGGGUACCCACCCAAGUGGAGUCACAGCGCACUUUCUGCUGCUUUCCCUGCCGGUCGGCCCCACUCAGUAUGUGCCUCUCUUUGCCGCGGGGUGGCUUUGUGCCAGGACAGACUGUACCGGUGGAAAUAAUGGUCUCCAACGACAGUGGUGUACCUGUGGAGGAUAUAACCGUGAAACUGGCCAUGGUGGUGAUCUACUACAGUCAACCCCCCUGCGUGGACACAAACAAGGAUCAUUUCGUGAUGGUCCUGAAAACAGGCGAGGGCGUGUCGUCCAAAUGCCGAAAGCAGCUCACCUUCGAUCUUAAGGUGCCGGCAACACCGCCAACCUGCUUCGACCUGUGCAGCAUCAUUCAGAUCGGCUAUCAGGUGGAAGCGGAGGCCAGGGUCAAAGGUUGCCAUGGCAGUCAGUCGCUUCACAUGCCCAUAACCAUUGGAAGUGUCCCGCUAACGAAGAUAUUGCAGAAAGAGCCAAGAUUUUGGGGUGCAGACCUACUGCCUCAGCAACAGGAUGCCAAAGCAUUGAUUUUAAUCGCUAACGAACAGGCUGAAGAACCUCACAGCCCUCCCAGCCCUUGGUCUUCAGAUCCUUCUAUUGCCCCGCCGACCUAUGCUGAGGCCAAACACAUCAGUCCGGAUCCACAGAUGUUCUUAAAACCAAAAAAGAAGUCUCAGAAAAGAAGGCCACAAGAGAAAAAUCGGGAAGAAAUUGUAUUUACUCCUUUGUACGGGGUCUUUGAUCUCUCGAACGAGAUGGAAGAUAUAAUUGUGAGACCUAAUAAAAACAGGACUGAUAGUGGAUAUGUCAAUGACGCAAUAGACAAAAGCACAUGGCUUUAAAAUUAAUAAAAAAAAAAAAACAAGAAGGAACGCUUAAGCCGAGUGCCGGUCUAUCACAUAUCCGCUACUCAGCUAACCAAUAACCUGCAAAAAUAUUCGUGUUUUAUGUUCCGCCAUCACAAUGUGAUUAUCACAAAC